GCUACAUAACUUUAGCAAGAACUGCCUUAACAAGAACUUGGGUGCAACAAUUCAGAUUGAAUGGUUACACUGAUUGUUGAGUAAAAGUCCACUUAAAGAAGACUAGGAAUACAAUAUUAAGAAUCGUGUUGGAGCUAAUUGGUCUGCGAUGAAAAGAAAAUCAGAAUCCAUUCAUGGAGAAGAAAACAGCAGUGGUUGAAAUGGUAUCAACGCUGAAACCAGAUAAUUGCAAAGAAACCUUUCUUAAAAGAAUUGGCUACUUCUCCGGUGAUAUGAGAGAGUUUGGUUACUGGCUGAAAGAGCAGAAUAUCAUCUUUCAAUUUAUUGACUGGAACUUACGUGGAAUUGCUCAGGUGAUGUUUGUCAACAAUCCGUUGAGCGGGAUUAUUAUUUUGGCCGGGCUGAUUCUACAGAAUCCAUGGUGGGCACUGAACGGCUUCGUGGGAACAGUGUUCUCAAACCUGGCAGCACUUUUGUUCAGUCAGAACAGAUCUGCAAUUGCAGCAGGGCUUUAUGGAUACAACGGCAUCCUCGUUGGUCUUUUGAUGGCAGUGUUUUCUGACAAAGGAGAUUGGUAUUGGUGGUUAUUACUGGCUGUGAUCUUCAUGUCGAUGACAUGUCCUGUUAUUUCAAGUGCCUUGGCCGCUGUGAUGGGAAAUUGGGAGCUACCUGUUUUCACUUUGCCUUUUAAUAUAGCUGUUGGCUUGUUCAUGGCUGCAACAGGACACAACAACCUGCAUUUUCCCCAGGUUUUUAUUGGACCUGUGACUUCAUCACAAAACAUUACAUGGUCUGAUAUCAGUGUUCCAAUGCUUCUGAGAGCGAUCCCUGUGGGUGUUGGACAGGUGUAUGGCUGUGACAAUCCCUGGACUGGCGGUAUUUUCCUUGUUGCAUUAAUUAUCUCAUCUCCAAUCAUAUGUCUACAUGCUGCAAUUGGAUCAUGUGUGGGCAUACUGGCAGGAUUAUCCCUGGCCUCACCAUUCCAGAAGAUCUAUGAUGGGUUAUGGAGCUACAACUGUGUUCUGGCCUGUAUUGCAGUGGGAGGGAUGUUCUAUGCCCUGACGUGGCAGACUCACCUCUUGGCAGUAAUGUGCUCUCUUUUCUGCGCUUACUUAGGAGAAGCACUCAUGAACAUGAUGUCUGUGGUUGGAUUACCUGCAUGCACUUGGCCUUUCUGCCUUUCCACAACUGUAUUUCUGCUGAUGACCACCAGUAAUAAAGCCAUCUGUAAAUUAAGUCUAUCUGAUGUGACCUACCCUGAGAAAAACAUACGGAUUUACCAAGAAAUGAAGAAAAUUGAACAAAGUAAAUGAAAAAAAUGUGGCACAAAAAUCCUAAUGAAAAGUACAACUGCCUACAAGAUAUAUAUACAUGCAAUGCUUCCUUUUUAAUUACACAGUUCAUUAUAUAACCUGCAUAUUGUAUAAAUGCCUCAAAUACCCUGAUUUUUCCACAGAUGAAAUGUGCCCCUUCUAAAAGAAUAUCUUCAUAUCAUUGAAAUUAUAUCAUUGCCCUUUUGUUAGAACUGCUCUUGUUCCAUCUACUAAAGUUGGAAAGUAAAUUGAAUGGCAUACAUUCACAGUUAAAUGCAGAACUCAAUUUGACAAUUUGAUCCUUAACAACAUGGCACAGUGAAAGAAGUUGGAUGUCCAAUGACAACACAGCUUGCACUUAAUGUACAAGAUGUCCCAUGGCACUUAACAGAGGCAUAACCAGGCAAACAUGCUUCUAAGCUAAUGAAGAAGUUACUAGGAAUGCUUGGUCAAAGAGGUGAGUUUAAAGGAGGGUCUUCAAGCAGGAACGGGAAAUGGAGAGGCAGACAGAAUCUUGUCCCAAAAUGGGUAACAAAAGAUGAAGCCGUAAAUUAUACAAUUGCAAAUUAUUCAAGGUUGGAAGCUCAGCAGAAUAGUAAUCUCAGAUAUAAAGAAGCUGUGAAAUUUGAAGCUAAUGUAGUCUAAUGUACUCUAAAGAAAGCUUGACGAUUUUCUGGAGUUGUAUUACUCUCUGUUCCAAGCUUUUGUUGAGUUAUUCUUACAUCAUGAUGUAUUAACCAAUUGGAUGAAGUGCCAGAUGGCUGCACCAUCCACCAAACCAAAUUACAGCAUGACUCAGUGCCUUCAGAAAAGCAGGUGAGAAAACUGGAGAAGGGAAAAAUCUUCUGUACCUUUUCAUUAGUUCUGAUCAAUGCUUGGCUGCUGUGGAUCCACAUUGCAUUAAAAAAUUACAAUCACAA